AAAAUGGACGAAGGACGACUUGAAAACUGGAACAUAAUCUUCGUGAGCACUGAGAUAUUGGUCUGCCUUUUAGGAAUAAUAUUUAAUGGGGCUGUAAUUUUUACCAUUUAUAGAAAUUUUCAUCGUCGCAUCUCAGCACCGACCUAUCUUAUCCUCAGUAUCGCAGUGAGUGAUUUUCUUUCUUCUGCGAUACCUGUUCCAUUGUCUAUUGCAAGACAUUUCCAACAGGAAUGGCCGUUUGGUUUGGCUGGAUGUCAGGCUCAUGCUUUCAUGAUAUUUCUACUUGCUCUCGUCUCCAUCACCCAUUUGGUUGCCAUUUCAGUGGGGAAGUAUUUAACUAUCACCAGAUCUCUCACCAAAGAUUCAUAUUUCAAUAAGAAAAAGGUACUUUUGACAAUUUUGGGCUCGUGGAUUUACUCACUCGCCUUCAGCGUAGCACCAUUGGUAGGAUGGUCGAGAUACGGCAUGGAGGGAACAAGUGUAACAUGCUCUGUUAAAUGGGAAUCAUCUCUUCCAAGCGAUCAGGCAUACUCUGGAGUUGCAAUUUUCACUUGGUACUUUUUGCCUCUGGCCGUGAUCACCUUUUGCUAUUACAAGAUCCAUCAAGUGUCCGGACAGAUUGUUGUCAACACUUCCCAUUUGGAUAGCUUAGCAAUGACUGUGACGCAGGCCCUUUUGAAGAAGCACCGCAAAUCCGCCUUGUAUUUUUUAGCUGUCAUAGCCGGUUUUCUAAUUCCGUGGUCACCGUACGCUGUAGUGUCCUCUCUCUUAGUUCUAGGACGAAAGGUUAACCCUGUAACUACCAGUGCAUGCAUUGUGUUUGCCAGGAUUUCGUUUUUCCUUAAUCCAAUACUCUAUGCGAUUUUUCAUCGCAGGUUUCGACGACGCUUGAUCCUUUCUGUUCCCAUAACCAAACCGAACAGGGUUGUUAAACCAGCUGUUUUACCAUCGGUUUCACGAACACUGGCUCUUUAAAGGAGCUACUGUACGUCUGGGUU